GAAGCAAGUCUUGACAUCCAUAAAUUUGAAGGAGGUUUUAAAACGGAUAAUGGCACGUACCAAAAAGAAGUCGAAAUAGAGACAGAAGAAGAGCAAGAAAAAAAGAUUAUUAAAAUUCCAUUAUUUUAG